CCCAUAUUAACUUAUCAGUAGUUGAGUACAUGUAUCUUCAGUCUGAACACUGAAAAGAUAAGAUUAACAAAAACAAUGUAUUAUCAAAUACAAAAGAAAUAAUUUAUAAAAAAUAAAAAAUAAAAAAAGAACUUGGUCUACGUAGAAGUAUGUGGUUUUAAGCAGGAAACUAUGUGUUGUGCCAUCAAUGUAUUGCUAAAUCAAAAGAAACUUCCUCCAUCUUACAGCAACAAGUUGGGGAGCAAAUAGAUAUAGCUGCCACAAUAAUGUAAAGCAAUCAAGUCCACCGGCAUGCUUUCUUAGACUGAAAUUCGGUCCCACACUGUUGGGAUGCUACUACAAAUAAAUAAACGUACUUCUCUGGCGAAUCCCUAUAUAUAUAAGUCAGAGAACCCAUUUACAAAAGCAAGUUUCUUUCUUCACACUACAUUUCACUUGAAGCUUGUUUCAAUUACUUGCAGCUCUAAAAGUUGAAGAGAAGUUCAUCGAUCAUGAGGAAUCAUCUCAGGACAAUCUUUCAUCAUGCUAAACACAAUAUUCUUCUCCGCCAAGGAUCAACUGCAACCACUUCAUCAGCAUCAACAAAGUUAACAGAUGUUCCCAAGGGUCACAUGGCAGUUUAUGUUGGAGAGAACCACAAUAAUAAGCAUAGGUUUGUGGUUCCGGUCUCUUGCUUGAAGCAUCCUUCGUUUCAAGACUUGUUGAGGCAUGCAGAAGAGGAAUACCGAUUUGAUUAUCCAAUGGGAGCACUUACUAUCCCAUGUAGUGAGACUGCAUUUCUCUGUGUCACUUCUCACUUGCAUGUCAUUACCAAUUAAUAAAGGCGGAGCAGAAGUAUAGUUCUUCACUCUGUAACAUCAUGUAUAAUUGUAGGUUAGAAGUUUACUAUUUCAUAGAUUACUGCAAUCCUUACUUUCCCUGGAUCUUGGAUAUAUUUUCUUGCAACUCUAUGUCCAAUUCAAUAUAACAAUGCAAGAGUUGUUUAUGCCAAUA